AUGGAAUGUAAUCUGAAGAAGGAAAUACAGGAGCUACAAGAACAGUGGAAAAUGGAUAUCAACGAAAGAGAGAAUAAGCUGCAGAAGAGCAUAGACCAAGUCCAGGGAGACGUGGGGAAGGUGGAAGAAAAGUUAACAAAAAGGAUAGAAGACGAUGUCGAAGAAACGAAAGCCGAGCUGGGAGAAAGAAUCAACGAAGUGGAAACAAGUUGCAAUUAUCGAAUCGCCGAAGUGACGCAGGUGCAGAAACAAUGCGACGAUGUGGUUGAGAAGAUAGAAGAAGAUGUGGAAGAAAAUGGAACCGAAUUGGGAGAAAAGAACAUUGAAGUGACGCAGAUGCAGAAACAAUGCAGCGACGUGAUUGAGAAGAUAGAAGAAGAUGUUGAAGAAACCGGAAUCGAUAUGGAAGAAAGGAUCACCGAAAUGACACAGAAGCAGAACCAAUGUAACGAUGUGAUUGAGGGGAUAGGAGAAAAGCAAAAACAAUUGACAAUAAAUCUGAGAAAUGCUGUAGACAUGCCGCGAGAAGAUUACCAGAGGGGUGCAAUCGAAGCAAUUAGACAACAAGCUCUGAUGUUAUUGUCUGCAGUCAUGCAGCUGUCAGAUGAUGAUGUAAAUACAGUAAUGCUGAAUGGAGUGAAUGGAGUCUGA